AUGAAGCUUCGUGGUGCCCUUUUUGCGCUUUCAGGCCUUUGUGGCAUCUUUCUGCCUGUCUGGGCGACCAGGUCGAAUAUCAGGGAAAGGGUUUCAAGAAGAAUACCUCCGUCGCACACCGUCCAUGAGAGACAUGCCCCAAGAAACCUCGAGGGAUGGGUCAAGCGUGAACUUGUGGACUCCGAGGCAACGGUCCCUGUGCGGAUUGGGCUAAAACAGUCGAAUGUGGACGCUGGACAUGACUUGCUCAUGGACAUACAGUGGAUCCAGUUUGAUGCUCCUGCCCACGAGGUUGAGGAUUUGCUCCACACAAGGUACUACACCUUUGAGAACCUUGAAACAGGUGUCACAAACAUUGCUUGUUCUGAGUACCACGUCCCGCACAAUGUGUCGCAUCAUAUUGAUUACAUCACUCCCGGCAUCAAGCUUAUGUCGGGUGGUUUUGACGAAAAGAUCACCAAGAGGAUGGCAGCGCAGUAUCAGCUGCCCAAUGGCAGUAAGAACAGGAAAGGCAACACGCUCGGGAUCUUCAAAGCGUUAAGCCAACACUAUGGGCAGGAGGAUCUCGACAACUACUGGAAAUACAUUGCACCCUGGGUCCCUCAUGGCACGCACCCGAAGCUCAAGGCCAUCAACGGCGCAUAUGGACCAACCGACGACAUAUCCAAGGCAGGCGAGGAGGCAGACCUUGAUUUCCAGGUCGCUAUCCCCCUCAUCUGGCCACAAAAAACCAUCCUGUUCCAGACCGACGAUGAAUGGUACCAAAAAGACCAACUUCGCGCCGACAGCAAAUACCCCGGUUUCUUCAACAGCGUGCUUCCCUUCCCAGCCUUCUUCGACGCAAUCGACGAAUCCUACUGCCACCUCAACGCCUUCAACAUGACCGGCAACUGCGCGACCAACGCCUGCCGCGACCCGAUCUACCCCAACCCCAACGCGCCACCCUCCCAGGGCGGCUACCAGGGCCCGCUGAUGUGCGGGCGCUACCCCCCCACCAACGUCAUCUCCAUCAGCUACAGCGGCACCGAGCACUCGUGGCCGGCCAACUACAUGCGGCGGCAGUGCCUCGAGGUGAUGAAGCUCGCGCUGCAGGGCGUGACGGUGGUCGAGUCCUCGGGCGACUUUGGUGUGGGUGGCAAGCGCUUUGAGCCCCAGGCUGGGUGUCUUGGUGAGGCCAAGGAUGUGUUUAGUCCGCGCGUGAUGGGGAAUUGUCCGUAUGUGUUGAGUGUAGGGGCUACGGCGUUGGUGGAGCCUGAGUAUGCGGAUCCUGAUGCCGAGGUGAAGUUGCUGGAGGUGGCGGCUGAGUCGUUCUCGUCGGGGGGUGGGUUCUCGAAUGUGUUUGAGCGACCGAAGUGGCAGGAUCGCCAUGUUAAGGAGUAUUUGGUUAGGGCGAACGUGUCGGAUUUAGGGUAUGAUGGGGCAGGGGGCUUGGGGUUUGACAGCUUGAGGCCGCCGCCCGGGAGGGGAAAGUUGUUCAACAAGCUCGGGAGGGGGUAUCCGGAUGUGGCAGCCAUCGGGGAGAAUUUUCGCGUGGUGCUUCGGGGGUAUCCUAACCGGAUGCGGGGGACGUCGGUUUCCACGCCGGUCUGGGCGUCCAUUUUGACGCUCGUCAACGAGGAGCGGUUGGCCGCUGGCAAAAGUACGGUUGGAUUUGUGCACCAGGUUUUGGUGUUUACAGACAUCACCAGUGGAUCAAAUCCCGGUUGCGGUGGCGACGGGUUCAAGGUGAAAGAAGGAUGGGACCCUGUCACGGGCCUAGGGUGA